ACACAAGAAGAAGGAGUUCUGAGUCCAUCCCUGUGCAAAGACAAAACCACAUUUUAUGUAAAUAAAUAAUAAUAAUCAUUAAAAAAAAAACUCGUUAACGGAGGAAAUAAGUGGAAGUCAGUGCUGUAUUUGUGUUUUCAUCGACUGAGGUCGGAGACGUAUUGAACACCCUCACAUACAGAAGCAGUACCUAUUAUUUCUUCCAUGGAGCCUGUGCAAUCAGAGAUGAGCGUCCUGGUUAAUGGGAAAGGUCAUGACCUUGGGGAUGAUAUGAGCGUGUCGAUGAAGACGAUGAUAGAGGAAGAAACAAAUGGCACUCAAAACAGAUUUGAUGAUCCUGAUGGAACCCUGGCUGAAAAUGUGGAGUUUCUGCCUGGCGGAGAGGGCAAAAAGCCACGUUUCACUGAUUUUGAAGGGAAGACCUCUUUCGGCAUGUCUGUCUUCAAUCUUGGCAAUGCCAUUAUGGGAAGUGGGAUUCUGGGUUUGGCAUACGCCAUGUCCAACACCGGCAUCGCCCUCUUUUUGUUCCUCCUCACGGCAGUUGCUGUUCUUUCAGCUUACUCCAUUCACCUCUUGCUAAAAGCCUCCGGUGUUGUGGGAAUCAGAGCCUAUGAGCAGCUGGGCUUCCGGGCUUUUGGGACACCUGGCAAAAUGGCAGCUGGAAUUGCUAUAACAAUGCAGAACAUUGGCGCUAUGUCCAGCUACCUGUUCAUUGUCAAGUCUGAGUUUCCUCUCGUCAUCCAGGCCUUCUUAAGAGUAGAGGCCGACUCUGGAGAGUGGUAUCUGAAUGGCAACUACCUGGUGAUUCUGGUCUCGGUAACUGUGAUUCUGCCUUUGGCUUUAAUGAAGCAGCUCGGUUACCUUGGUUACACCAGUGGCUUCUCUCUCAGUUGCAUGGUCUUCUUCCUCAUUUCAGUCAUCUAUAAGAAAUUCCACAUCCUUUGCCCAUUCGAUGAGUUCUCAGCUAAUAACACAGCCAUCCACCUGCUCUCAACUGAUUUGCCAUUGACUGACAGUCACCAUGGUGAUCAUGUGGUGGACGAUGUACAUUGCUCUCCCCGUAUGUUCACAGUCAACUCUCAGACGGCAUACACCAUCCCUAUUCUUGCCUUUGCCUUUGUGUGUCACCCUGAAGUGCUGCCCAUCUACACUGAGCUGCGCAACCCAUCUAAAAAGAAAAUGCAGCAUGUAUCCAACAUCGCCAUCUUCAUUAUGUAUGUCAUGUACUUCCUCGCUGCCCUGUUUGGCUAUCUGACCUUUUACGAAAACGUGGAGGCAGAGCUGCUACACACCUACAGCAGGAUUGAACCCUAUGACACUCUGAUCCUCUGCGUGCGAUUGGCUGUGCUCACAGCUGUCAUGCUGACUGUACCAAUCGUGCUGUUCCCUGUGCGCAGGGCCAUUCAACAAAUGGUCUUCCCCAAUAAGGCAUUCAGUUGGCUCCGUCAUAUCAUCAUCGCCAUCACCCUCCUCACCUUCAUCAAUAUGCUUGUCAUAUUUGCACCGAACAUCCUCGGCAUUUUCGGAAUUCUUGGUGCUACUUUUGCUCCCUGCCUCAUCUUCAUCUUCCCUGCUGUCUUUUAUAUCCGCAUUGUCCCCAAAGAUGAUGAGCCUAUGUGCUCGACACCCAAAAUCCUGGCUGCAUGUUUUGCUGGUUUGGGUGUGCUGUUUAUGACUAUGAGUUUGACCUUUAUCAUCAUCGACUGGACUACAGGAAGCAGCAAUUCUGCUGGUGGCCACUAGAGGACAGUUCACGUGUGUGUGUGUGUGUGUGUGUGUGUGUGUCCAUGCGUGUGGGAAUGUAUCGAAAAAAUUACUGUUAUAUAGCAGGUUGAGCGAGGCUCAGUUGAAGCACAUUUUAAUUUUAAUUUUUUAUUUUUAUUUCUUUUAGUGUAGCUCUCUUUUCCAGCACCAAACACACCUGAACCAGGUAAUCAGCACAGUUAAAAUAAAAUAAAAAAUAAAUCAGGGAAGCUAAAAUAGAAAUGAAAUUUUAGUGGAUGAAGGGAAGGCUCUUAAGGACAGACUUGGGAAUGUUUGAGGAGAAACUGCAACUUGCCGUGGGGGGGGUAAAACUUCAGGCUUCAGACUCAGAUGAUUCAAUAUCUUUUUUUAAUCCUCACUUGCCUUUCAGAAUGCGCUACUCUUCUUUUACUU